AUGGCUCCUAACGACACGUGUGCAGCGGUGGCAGACGGCUUUGAACUCACAGUGACAGACCUUGAGGCUCUAAACCCGGGCGUGAACUGCACCGGGAAGAUCAAGAAGCUGCCUGCAGUGAACCAGCAGGUGUGUGUGCAGGAGGGCAACGGGGCAGACUUCCCCAUGUGCACCCAGUUCUACACGGUGCUCCCGGGCGACGACUGCGACGCCAUAAUGAAGCGCUUCAAGCUGUCCCAGCUCUCCUUCUACGCCCUCAACCCCGGCCUCAGCUGCGCCGCGCUCUUCCCCUACCUCAGCGGUCCCGACGAGGACGGGGGCGACCAGGAUGGGGGGUCUACGCUCAGCGGCACUCAGAACUCCUCCUCACCACCACCUGCUUCUCCCGCUGCUUCCCUCUCUGCAGGUGUGCAUCUCAGGCUUUACAGUCAACGCCACCGGGCCUGCUCCUGCCCGCUCCCUGCGCACCCUCGACCCGCAAGGGACUCUGCAACACACACCCAACAAGCUUAA